AAUCUCACCAAGUGAAAAAGGGAAAGCAAGUGAGAAAGAGGAAGGGAGGCUGAGACGGUUAGAGAAACUUCUGUCAGGGAAUAGGCGUAUAAAUGCGUCGUAUAUAUUAGUUAUAAUAUAUAUUAAGUACAUACAGUAUUUUAUUUUAGUAUUUAUUUUUUUAGUCUGAAAAUAAAAGGAAAUGGCGCAGCCGGAUCAGAAAAAGUUUUUUGAAAACCUCUCCGGAGCAGGGAAAGCCAUAGCGGUGCUGACAAGUGGAGGAGAUGCGCAAGGUAUGAAUGCUGCUGUUCGAGCUGUUGUGCGUGUGGGAAUCUAUGUUGGAGCAAAAGUAUAUUUUAUUCACGAGGGAUACCAGGGUUUGGUGGACGGUGGGGAAAACAUUGAAGAGGCCAAAUGGGAAAGUGUCUCAAGCAUGCUACAAGUGGGCGGGACUGUCAUUGGGAGUGCCCGCUGUAAGGAAUUCCGUACCCAUGAGGGGCGCCGUGCGGCUGCCCUAAACUUGGUGCUGCGUGGGAUCACAAACCUGUGUGUGAUUGGAGGAGAUGGAAGUUUAACUGGAGCAAACCUUUUCCGUGAGGAGUGGAGCGGACUGCUUGACGAGCUUGUUCAACAAGGAAAAAUUGACAAAGAAUCUGCUGAGAAAUACUCCCACCUGAACAUUGUGGGGAUGGUAGGAUCUAUCGACAAUGACUUCUGUGGCACCGAUAUGACUAUUGGUACAGACUCUGCCCUGCAUCGAAUCAUUGAAGUUGUGGAUGCAAUCGUGACUACUGCACAAAGUCACCAAAGGACAUUUGUUUUGGAGGUCAUGGGAAGACACUGCGGAUACCUGGCUCUAGUGAGCGCCUUAGCCUGUGGAGCAGACUGGAUGUUCAUCCCUGAAAUGCCCCCAGCAGAUGGGUGGGAGGAGCAGAUGUGCACCAAACUCUCGGAGAAUCGUGCACGAAAAAAAAGGCUGAAUAUCAUUAUUAUAUCGGAAGGGGCGAUUGAUACUUCCAACAAACCUAUUACCUCAGAACACAUAAAGGAUCUUGUUGUUAAAUGUUUGGGAUUCGACACACGAGUGACAAUACUGGGCCACGUCCAGAGAGGAGGAACCCCAUCUGCUUUUGACAGAAUACUGGCCAGUAGGAUGGGCGUGGAGGCUGUACUUGCCCUGCUGGAAGCAUCAGCUGACACUCCAGCAUGCGUUGUUUCUCUCUGCGGAAACCAAGCCGUCCGACUACCCCUAAUGGAGUGUGUACAGAUGACUCAAGAAGUGCAGAAAGCCAUGGAUGAAAGGAAGUUUGAGGAAGCUGUGCGGCUACGUGGGAGGAGUUUUGAGAACAAUUUAAACACUUACAAGCUAUUGGCACACCGGAAACCACAAUCAGAACUUCCAAUUAGUAGCUUUAAUGUGGCUGUCUUGAACGUGGGAGCCCCAGCUGCGGGCAUGAAUGCUGCAGUCCGCUCAGCUGUGAGGGUGGGCAUCACUGAGGGGCACAAGAUAUUUGCUGUGAAUGACGGGUUUGAAGGAUUCGCUAAGGGGCAGAUUAAGGAGAUCAAGUGGGGGGAUGUUGGUGGCUGGACUGGCCAAGGUGGUUCCCUUUUAGGCACAAAACGAACUCUUCCAGCAAAGCACCUGGAGAAAAUCGCAGAGCAAAUGAAAGCAAAUCAAAUAAAUGCAUUGCUGGUGAUUGGUGGAUUUGAGGCCUACCUGGGACUCGUGGAAUUGUUAGCUGCACGUGGGAAAUAUGACGAGUUCUGUGUCCCCAUCGUUAUGGUUCCUGCUACUGUCUCCAACAAUGUACCGGGUUCAGAUUUCAGCAUUGGUGCAGAUACAGCUCUGAACGCUAUUACUGAUGCAUUUGAGUGUUUGCUGCAAUUAACUGAGGCACGUUCCCGCUAUGAGGAGUUUUGCAUCCCUAUGUGUGUGCUGCCUGCUACCAUUAGUAACAAUGUGCCAGGCACUGAUUUAACUAUUGGUGCUGACACUUCAGUCAAUGCCAUUGUGCAGACCUGUGACCGCAUCAAGCAGUCAGCCAGUGGGACGAAGCGUCGUGUGUUUAUCAUUGAGACAAUGGGCGGAUACUGUGGUUACCUGGCCAGUGUGGGGGGUCUGGCUGCAGGGGCUGAUGCAGCCUAUAUAUUUGAAGAGCCCUUUGAUAUUCGAGACCUUCAGGCAAAUGUGGAGCACUUGACAGCGAAGAUGAAAACAAGCAUCCAGCGAGGUUUGGUGCUCAGAAACGAGAAUUCCAAUGAGAACUACACAACUGACUUCAUCUAUCAGCUCUAUUCUGAGGAAGGGAAGGGUGUGUUUGACUGCAGGAAGAAUGUUCUUGGUCACAUGCAGCAGGGCGGUGCACCUUCUCCAUUUGACAGAAACUUUGGAACAAAGAUAGCAGCUAAAGCUAUGCUAUGGAUUUCUCGGAAACUCAAAGAGACCUACAGAAAAGGAAAAGUUUUCGCUAAUACUGAUGAUACGGCUUGUCUGUUGGGAAUGCGCCGUCGUGCUCUUGUCUUCCAACCAGUUGUCGAGCUCAAGAAUGAGACAGAUUUUGUUCACAGAAUUCCAAAAGAGCAGUGGUGGCUGAAACUCCGCCCACUGAUGAAGAUCCUGGCGAAGUACAAGACCAGCUUGGAUGUCUCGGAGUCUGGUCAGCUGGAACAUGUGGUACGCCAUCGUCGGCCAAUAGAGUCUGAAGGUGUACCUGCCUAAAUGGAUGGACCACAAGCAUUUACUUUAGAUCUCUUUUAGCAUCAACUUUGCAAGAGCGUUAAAAAAAACUAAAUAGCUUUUAACGGUUAAUGUACCAGCACUUUAUCCUCCUCAGACUCAAGGGUCCCGGUAAUUCUUUUUUAUUUAUUUUUUUUAAUAAAUGAUAUUUUCUUGACCUUAAGCUGUAUGUGAGUUUAAAGAUAAGGGUCACUAAAUUUCUACAUUCAUUUUUUGGGGCCAGACAUCCCUUUAAAUCAGGGGUAGGUAACCUUGGCUCUUCCAAUCUAUUCCACUGCAGAACUUUGUUCCAACCAGACCCUAAUUAUUUAAUUGACCCUGUUGGAGGUAGUACUGUAGUGAGAUGGAUUGAAACAGCCAAGGUUGCCUACCCAUGAUUUAAAGUGAUAAGCUGGUCAUACUUUAGUGCCGGGCUACUCAACCCUGGUCCCAAUAAGCACUUAAUUGGUCCAAUUAAGUAAUUUAGGUUACAGUAGAAACAAAAACCAUGAGGGGCAGAGUCCCCCCAGGACCAGGGUUGAGUAGCCCUGCUUUAGUGUUUCCAAAGAUUAACAAAAAAACUGUUUAAUACAAUAUAAACCACACUAGGAGGUUCUGUAAAGGCUGCAUUUAAAUGCAUUUUAGGUUCCAGCACCUAAAAACCUAGUUUAUGAUUUAUACUGAAAAUUCAAACAUCCACUUAAAUUGAUACAGGGACUGAGGAGGAUAUGGGAUACAAAGGUUCCAGUUUUCAUUUUAUUCUCUAUCCUGUUAUAAAACAAAUGUAGACAUACCAGGAACUAGUUUGAUAAACUUUCAUUUACAAGAUGUUCUUCACUGCUUGCCAGUGCAGAAAAGCACUUGCUUUAUUCCACUUGUGUCAUUUUGAAUAUCCAUGUAAUUGCACUUUGUACCAGAUGUUAGUUUGUGUGAUGUAUUAGUGACACCAGUACAAUAAUACAGCUGCAAACUUGUUUAAAAUCUUGUGUUGAGUGUGUAUGUGUUCCAUUUUCUACGUAUCGUGCAAUAGUAUUUAAUUAGAAUGCGUUUAAUAUUGCUACCUUAAGGAAAUGGUCCAGAUUCAUCUAGAUACUGAUACCAAAGUUGAAUUUGUGGUAAAUUGAUUUUGUCACAAUGUACAAGGUCAUACAGUAUAAUGAUCCACUUGUAGAAACUUUCCCAAGGUCACACCUCUUAUUAAUACAGUAAUCCGUCGCGUGUCUGCCCGUCAGAGGUUUUGUACACUGUGUUGUAUGUGCUCCGUGCGCAACCAUUGCUGGAAGUGUCACGUGAGCUGUUCAGUGUGUUGACUUGAUAUGUAAAUAAAUCCUGUUGUCCUGCGGUGGGUGUAUCAACUUCCGUCUCGCUCUCCUGCCUGUCACUCAGCAGCGAGCACACGCGUCCACACGGCAGACGGCUACUCUGUCACAAGCAUUAAUACCGUUCAUCUUUCUAAACAAGGGAUUUAGGGGAGUUCCCUUAUAAAAGCUAAAACUCAAAACAAAAUUGUGUGAAUAUAAUGUACCGCUGUCCCUUUUCUUUGAAUAAAGUCACUGACAAGGUGA